GAUCGCAGUUGCACAGACCGAGCAAUCAACAAGCAACAAGAUCACACAGCAUCACCCGAGACCGCAGGGAUACUCACCAUAGACAAUGACUGACCAUCGGGAAAAGAAGCGAAAACGCAAUGAUCAACCGGGAUCCGAUACAGCUAGGAAGGAGACGACGAACAGUCAAGGGCCAAGCAAGGUUUCAAACCAGCAAUCGACGCAGGUCGACCCUGUUUCUUCCGCUCUAGUUCAGACGGCUGAUGAGCUGAGCAAGCGAGAACGCAAGCAGGCCAGAGCUGAAAAGCGGCGUCGCAAAGAGGAGAAACGGCUCAGGAAAGAAGCAAAAGCUUCGAAGCAGACCGAAUCGGCCGCUCAGAACGAGGCUGCCAGCACGGUCCAGAUGAUAGACCCCAGGCUGGAAGAGACAAACGGAUCAGGCGAGGAUGUCACUUUACAUCGGGCGACUCCGUCAAAUGCCUUUCCAGAAGACAAUCAGGCUUCGGCACCUGGUUCAGAAACCGGGGGUCAGCCUCCUCGGAAGAAGCUCAAAAAGAACCAACUCGAGCGGUCGCCAGAACGAGGCUCGUCAUCGUCUGCAAACCAGAAAGACGCAUACAAUGGCGAGGUUAACCGGCAGGCCUUACAACCGACUCCUCCGAGUCCUCCUCCAGAGAACGCAGAAGCCAGCGGGUCAGCUGCAGAUACUGGCUUCUUGCGAGCCAAAGGCAGACCUUCGACCCAGAAGAAGCAUGAGCAAUUGGUGGCGAUGAAUCACGCGGAGAUUCUGGCUACGAAAUGGCUGAAGGCACCGGAAUUGAAGGCCUUGGCGGAGGAGAACGGUAUAACAUGGAAGAUGGGACCUUUUACCUUUUCCGAAAAGUCGCAAAUCAGACACUUUCUGGAACAAUACCGUGCUAUCCGUGGGCUUACCGAGCAGCAAUUGUCAGACGUGAUCAACGCUUCUGGCAAGAACGCUCGGGUUCAGUACGGCAGUUUCUGGAAGGAUGUCGCCAUGUCGGUUCCUGGUCGGCCGCUCAUUUCGGUCCAUGCACACGUCAAGCGCGCAUACGAACCGACCGCCAAGAAGGGCCCCUGGACUCGGGAGGAGGACGACGAUCUGAGAGCGGCAUUUGUAGAGUUCGGGCCGGAUUGGACCAAGGUAGCAAUUCGGGUAGACAGAUCGGCGGCGGAUUGCAAAGAUAGAUGGCGGAAUCACGUUGCGCACUCGGAGGUGCGCAAAACAGGCUCUUGGUCGAAAGACGAAGCAGAGGCCUUGCGUCAGUGCGUUCUUGAAAUGGCCUUCAUUUCAGGCUUGCUAUUAGAGGACACGGAGAGCGGCAUCCCUUGGGCCACCAUAUCGGCGAAAUUAGGUAACGUCAGAGGACCUGCUCAGUGCCGUAUCAAAUGGACCGACGACAUGUUGCCUACUCUCCUGUCGAAACGCAAAACGAAGUGGAACGCAAGUGAUUCGGUUGAGAUGCUCAGAAGACUGAUCGCGAUGAACCCUGGCGAUACCUCCGAGAUUCGCUGGCAUACUGUGCCUCACGCCGAAUGGAACGCGAAGAGUGGUCACGUCAUCCACAAGAAUUUCAACAAGCUCGUCAAGGGCGUUCCGAAUGGCAAGCAAAUGCCAAUGCAAGAACUCUUACAAACGCUUCUCGUUCAAGCUCGCAAGGACGAGCAGAAAGAGAUAACCCGCAAUCAGGCAAAGGAUCUAGCGGCUCUUGAACAGGCGCAAGCUACCCCGGCCAGUAUACUCGCCAGCACUCUGGCUCAUCAGUCCAGGUACAAGUCCAAGGCAACCAUCGACGACUCUGACCCUGAUGCCACGGAUGUAGAAGCAUGAGCAAAUGCUCGCUGAAGCGCGUGUAUGAAUCUAGCUGCGGUGCAGACCGAAAGUGCACACCUAUAUUACAGGCGA